CUUCUCCAUGGUAACCGCUCAGGCUGCGCUCGGGCUGCAGUGUUUGUGUUAGCAGCGAUAGCUAAUGUUAAUAAAUCUAAUUAUUACAGUUUAAAUCAGCCUGUAAAUAAAAAUGAACAUCUCCUUGACGUUUAACAAGAGAAAUGGGGCUCAGAGAGGAUACAGAGCACAGAGAACAUACGAUUAUCUGUACGAUCCAACUUUCUCUUUGUCGAGUGAAAGAGACCACAGCAGGGUGGCCAUCCAGGCCCAGGCCUCCUCAGACCGGGCGAGGAGAGUUCCAGAAUUUAAUUCCAUGUUCAGUAAUCUCCCUCACCACCCACGUUUCACACUGCGUCUGGAUGCUGCUGACCCCGUGCCAGCUUUUAUUGAUCGGCGCUGGAGAGGUCAAUCAGAGCAGCGGAGAGAGGCUCUAAAGACACUGUCAGGGAUGCUGCCAGGGAUUCAGCUCCACAAGCCGAGCAUGGUUGAUGUGGCCAGAGUGGACCACUGGAGGUUUUUUAGGCGUCCACUCAUCCCUUUUUUCCAGCAGGUUCCUCCUGAUGUUGUUUUGGCUUUACCCAAUGCUGACCCCCUGUCUGUCAGGAAUGGUGAUGCUGCACGGCCGGGCAGUCCCUUUCAGCGCACAGUGGGAGUGCAGACAGAUUACCGGGACAGCGAGGCACAGACAGAACCCUACAGUCCAGAGUAUACACUGCGUCCUGGGACAGCCCCCCCUGAACUCCUCACCUUGGCUAGUCUUAAAUGGGGACACGGGCUGCCUGCCAGGCUGGAGGAGGUGGAGAUGAUCGAGAGGGCAAGGAUGAAACGGGCCUGGGAGGCAACUCUUCCCCCGUUGAAUGAUCUUACUCAGCUAGAGAAGAGAAAGAAGAUGAUGGAUGAAAUGGAGAGGAAAGAGUGGGCUUUCAGGGAGCAGGAGAUCGAAAAGCUGCAAGAGGCUCGUCUGGCUCUGCUGAAGCAGCUCCUGCAGCAGAGGGAGGCUCAGCAGGAGCAGUCCACGGUGAAGAGGCUGGACCUGCGCUUCUCUCAGCAGAAGAGACAGAAGGAGAGCCGCCUCCAGAAGAUCCACCGUGACUAUGUCCUGUCUCUCCGGAAACUCACAGCACAGCGAAGGAAUGUGGAGGGGAAGUUGGAGCGGCGGGACAUUAUUAAUGACCACGCUGAUUACGCCUCACAGACAUACGCUCCUCUCUCUCGCCGCGGGGUCUUCCCCGACCGGGGCACUGAGCGCAACGUGGUUAAGAGCCGCUUCCUCAACACAUACCAAGGUUUGCUGGAUCUGGAAGCCAGUCUUCCACCAUCAGUGCUGGAGCCGAGAAUUAAAGCACCUAAACCCAAAGAGAGCAAGAGCUUCAUCAAACGCUCAGAGCGCAGGGAGGUGGAGCUGUUGAGAACUUACCAGGCUCUGAAAGAUGAGAAGGGCCGCGUCAAAGAAAAAAAGCCUUUGCGCUUUCUCUAUAAAACGGAAAAACCGGUCCCUCGCCCACCAACACCUGAGGUUGACAUGCCUCCUGAGGGAUCAGAGGAGAGGGAUCUUGCAGUGAUUUACCUGCAGAAGCUCCUCCGUGGAAGAUCCAUCCAAAAACAGAUGCUGGAGGGCAGGGAGAAGCGCAUGGAGCUGAUCCAGGAGCUGCGCACCACCCACUCCCUGCAGCGGGAAGAGCAGGAGCUGCACAGAGCAGAAAAACUGGUCAUACUGGACCUGCAGCGCCAGCGAGAGCAGCACGAAAGCAGGACUUCCCAGGUUGAAGGCUAUGUCUCUGGCCUCUUGGGAGCAGAGCUGGUGGACAUGCUGGACUUUUUGGCUAAGGAGUUGGUUCGUCUGCAGGAUGAAAGGCGAAUCCAUGCUUUCACACUAUUGGCUGAAAGAGACCGCCGCCUCCAGGAAGCAGAGGAGAGCGGGAGAAGACAGGUGGAAGAGAGGAGACGGAGGGAGGAGGAUGAAAUCUUUAGACAGGUGGUGAAGGUGCACCAGGCUACAGUGGAUCUGUACCUGGAGGACAUCAUCUUGGGUACCAUUGAGCAGACAGCUGAUGCUCAGGCCAGAGAGGAGAUCCACCAGAUGGCUCAGGAACUCAAUGACAUCACCUACGCCAUGGAGGAAAAGAGGAGCACUGCGCAAUCCGAAGACAUUGUGGCUGAGCUUGUCUACAGUUUCCUCAUUCCUGAGGUGCAGAAGAUCACUGUGAGAGAGAGAGUCAGGCAGAGUCAGAGGAGGCACCUGACUGCAGCUCGCUCCCUCAUCCACAGUGCUGACAGCUCCUCCACAGGCAGUCCUGCCCGAGCCCCCCGGCCCAGAUCACCCUCAGCCAGGGCCUCCACUGCCCUGCUGUUUCAGAUAGUGGACCAGGUGGAGGAAGCAAUGACCUCUGAGACCCCCGGACCCAGUACUGAUCAUCAGGAGAACAAACACACUGAUUAACGCAGAGCCCUGAGGAGAAUCAAAGCGAUCUUGUGGGGAAACGUGACACACAGCCACGCAGCACAGAGGGAAUAAAAGCACCGUUGUCCAGAGAUUCUAUCAUACGUUCAGCCAAUAAAGCAAUUUAUCUGCUAA